GGAUGUGACUGAGUUCUGCUCCGGAGUUCGGGAUGCCAUAGCAACCCAGCACGUGGCGGACCGGGACUGCUUAGAGGAGCACAUUUUGAAAAACGGCUAAGAAAAGGACGAGGCCUCGAGAAUGGAGAUGGUGGAUGGCGGCCCGCAGAGCUCUUGCAGUGACACAAGAUGGUCGCAGCAACUGUCAGGCCUUCCUCGAAAGCUCCUGCAGCGCCUGAUGCCUUUCCAACGGGAGGGAGUGGAGUUCGCUCUCUCCAGGAACGGACGAUGUAUGAUCGCUGAUGAGAUGGGUCUCGGGAAGACGGUGCAGGCCAUCGCCGUGGCGUACGCCUUCCGGCAGGAGUGGCCCCUCCUAGUGGUGGUGCCCUCGUCCCUGAAGUACCUCUGGAUCGAGGAGCUGGAGCGGUGGAUCCCCGAGCUGCAGCCCGGAGACAUCAACCUGGUGGAGAACAAGAGCCACACCAUGGGUAUUGGCAGCAGUAAGGUGACGGUCCUGGGUUACGGCCUGCUCACCACGGACGCGCGCCCCCUGGUGGAGGCUCUGAGCAGGCAGCGGUUCGCCGUGGUCGUGGUGGACGAAUCGCACUACCUCAAAUCCAGGAACGCGGCGCGAACCAAGAUUUUGGUGCCCCUCAUUCAGGGCGCCAAGCGGGCCAUCCUGCUCACCGGCACCCCGGCCCUGGGUCGGCCUGAAGAGCUUUUCAUGCAGAUUGAUGCCCUCUACCCCAAGCGGCUCGGAACCUGGACUGACUACGUCAAGAAGUACUGCAACGGCCAUUACAGGUACUUCGGGUCUCGCAGGCAGUGGGACUGCCGCGGCUCGUCCAACCUGGAGGAGCUGCACCGACGGCUGAGCGAGAUCAUGAUCCGCCGGCUCAAGACCGAGGUGCUCAAGCAGCUGCCCCCCAAAGUCCGCCAGCGGAUCCCCUUCGACCUGCCGAAGGAGGCCACCAAGGAGGCCUCCGCCAGCUUCGCCGAGUGGGAGAGGCUGAUGAAGGGACUGGGGUCGGGGGGCGGCGCCACGGGCAACCCCUUCGCUCAGGUCAUGGGCCUGGUCACACAGAUGUACAAGCAGACGGCCAUCGCCAAGGCGGGAGCUGUGAAGGACUACAUAAAGAUGAUGCUGGAGACGGAGCAGCUGAAGUUCCUGGUGUUCGCCCACCACCUCACGAUGCUGCAGGCCUGCACCGAGGCCGUCAUCGAGGCCAAGGCCGGCUACAUCCGCAUCGACGGCAGCGUCCCGUCCUCCGAGCGAAUCCAGCUGGUCAACAAGUUCCAGAGCGACCCGGAGACGCGGGUUGCCAUCCUCAGCAUCCAGGCAGCCGGUCAGGGUUUGACCUUGACCGCAGCGAGCCACGUGGUGUUCGCCGAGCUCUACUGGAACCCCGGCCACAUGAAGCAGGCGGAGGAUCGAGCGCACCGCAUCGGGCAGACGUCCUCGGUCAACGUGCACUACCUCAUCGCCAAGGGCACCUUCGACACCGUCAUGUGGUCCAUGCUCAACAGGAAGGAAAUGGUGACCGGCAGCACGCUGAACGGCAGGAAGGGCUACCUGAAGGCCGACGAGGGCGACAAGGACAAGUGGGACUUCCUCAACUUCGCCGACGCGUGGCAGCCGAGCGAGAUGGUUCUGCCCGCGGAGCGCAGCGCGGCCGACGCCAAGGACGACGUGUUCUUCACUCACUUUGAGAAAGAGAAGCAGCACGACAUUCGUUCCUUCUUCUCCCCGGGCGGCAAGGAGAAGAAGAGGAAGAGAAGGGAAGACGAGGAAUCCUCUCCCUUCAUCUCCUCGGGGAGUGGCAGUGGGACGACCGCCGAAUCGGGCGAGAGGCCCGGCGCCCAGACCCCCCUCUCGCCCGACCACGACUUCUCUCCGCAGCUGAAGAGGCUCCGCACGCCGCAGCUCGGCCGCGGUGUGCGGCGGCGGAGGUCAGCGGCGGCGGCCGCAGGCUCCGCCUCCCCGGUCCCCUCCAUGGCCCCGCGAAGGCUGACGGAGCCCCGCCCCCCCGCUGAGAAGUGGGGCUGCGGGUCCUGCACCUACUCCAACAGCAGCCUGCUGCCGUACUGCGAGAUGUGCGAGUUCCCGCGCUCGCCCGCCGCCGUCCACUCAGAGCCUCCCGGGCCCCAGCGACCCGCCGCCAUCCGACGGGGCCGGGCGGGCGACGUCCUCUCCGGCUCGGACGGCGAGCCGGAGCUCAGCCGGGCAAAAGGCUCGAGUCCAGAACCACGCAAAGACAAACGGAGCGAGGAGGAGGAUGGAGAGGAGGAAGAGGAGGAGGGCAAACAGAAUCUGGGAGAAGUAGAGGAGGAGGACAAGCGGCAGCUCAAAGACCCGAGAGCUGGCGGUGCCGAUGGCGAUGCUGAUGGCGGCGACGGGGUCUGCGAUGGAGAUGCCGGCGACGCCCAUCCCGUCUACCCGGGCCUGCAGUUCUGCGCCAGCCAGUACACAGACCGGAUGUAUCUGUACUCCAAGGACGGGACUCCGUUGAACCUGAGCUUCGUCCCUCUGGACAUCAAGCUCACCAACUGGGACGACCUGCCCGAGGCCUUCUGCCGGCACCAGGAAAAUCGAACACAGGUGCUGAGGUUGGUGCAGGAGUGGAGCGGCCUGGCCGCCAUGAAGCAGAAGCUGCUCCGACGCGGCGGCCUCCUCUUCCACAGCCCGACUCUGGGCCUGCAGCAGCUGGCCGCCGCCCAGAGCCCUCGCUGCAGCACCAAGAGGUACCUCGGCAGGGACGAGGUGGCCCAGGCCUCCCUGAGCAAGGCCCGGCAGGAGGGAGGCAGCGUCCGACUGGUCACCAAGGAGAAGUUCUUCACAAAGAGGAGGUCUGCCGCUCCACCGACGCCGCCUGCUUCAGAGAGCCGGGCCGCCGACUCCUCCAAGGCGGAGGACGAGGAGCAGCGGCCGGAGGGCGGCUACCUGCAGGCGGUGGACAGCGCGGGCGUCCCCCUCUGCCUAUCCUGCCAGGGGCCCUGCUCCACCACCGGUGGGGCCUGGGACACUCGGUUCUGCAGCCACAGGUGCCAGGAGGAGUUCCAGCUGCGCUCCAGCCAGACGUACAUGCGCUCGCGGGUGCUGGAGACGGAGCAGGGCGUCUGCCAGCAGUGCGGCCUCCACGCCCACGACCUGUUCCUGAAGGUCCGCGACGCCCCGCCCCCCCAGCGCAAAGACAUGCUGGAGAACACAUGGCUCGCGCAGCUGCCACUCAAACGGCUCAACGAGAUGAUCCGCGCUCCGGUGGAAGGCGACUUCUGGCAGGUGGACCACAUCCGGCCGGUGUACGGCGGAGGAGGACAGUGCUCUCUGGACAACCUGCAGACGCUCUGCACCGUGUGCCACAAAGCCAGGACAGCUCAGCAAGCCAAAGAGCGCAGCCAGAUGAGGAAGAGCGCGGCGGCCUCCAAGGUUGCGUCAGACAUCAGCAGGUUCUUCGUCAGGAAGUGAACGGACUGGAAGUGACGGACAGGAAGUGAAGCGUCCUCGCCGAGUCCUCCAAUCACGUUCAGGUAUUAGAAAGGCCGACAGAUUAUGAGAAAGAUGUCGGACUUCCUUCGCACCUCUACUUUUCGGACUCUGCAGCACUCGUGGAGAUUUACCCUACAAUAAAAACCCAACCACAGCAUUAAGUGCUAAUUCAGCCGCUCGUCCCCGAACCGUCACGGGCAGCGGUAGCUUUGAUUAAUGACGGCCCUCUUUUCUUUUUCUUUUUCUCUCUCCAUGUGCUCGAGGCUGAAAUGGAGCAGGUUUGAGAUGCGGCUAUUUUCAGAUUUUUGCAAACUUGGUUAAAAAGUAGCAUGUGAAAGAUGAACUGAACUGGAGGGUUGAGGGAGGAGGGGGCGGCUUUGUGAUUUAAAACUUUACGGCGGAAAGUGUCCUCAUUGGCGCCGCCUCAACAAGUGGCGCCUUGUAAAUCUUCCUCUUUUUUUGGGGAAGAUGGAUGAACUCUCCCCCUGGUGAAAUAAAGAUCUCUCUCUCUCUCUCUCU